AUGGAUGGUUUGAAUUCAUUGGCAGGAAAGAAGGUGCUCAUUGUGUAUGCCCACCAGAGCUCUGGUUCUUUCAAUGCUGCUGCCAAAGACACUGCUGUCGAGGUUCUGACUGCCAAAGGCUGCGCGGUGAAAGUGUCCGACCUUUAUGCCAUGAAGUUUAAAGCCGCUGCUACAGCCGAGGACAUUCAGGGUGAGGUGAAGAAUGCAGACCACUUCCGUUAUGCCGAUGAGACCAAAGCCGCAUGGGAGAGUAAAAAAUUGGCUGUUGACAUAACUGAGGAGCAAUGCAAGCUUUCAGAGGCUGACCUAAUCAUUUUCCAGUUCCCCAUGUAUUGGUUCAGCAUGCCUGCCAUCCUCAAGGGCUGGAUUGACAGAGUACUCACGCUUGGCUAUGCCUACUCUGAUGAAAAGCGCUACGGUCAGGGCAUCUUCAAGGACAAGAAAGCUGUAUUGUCCUUUACUACUGGAUCUGCAGAGUCAAUGUUCAGUGCUAAUGGCAUCAACGGAGACAUGAACGUCACACUAUGGCCUAUUCAGAAUGGCAUCCUGCACUACUGCGGCUUCCAAGUUCUGGCACCUCAGAUCUUCUGGGCUCCAUCUGGCAUCCCCAGAGAGGCCAGUGCUGCCCUUCUCCAGGCCUGGCGCAAUCGUCUUGAGGGUCUACUUGAUGAAGCCCCCCUGACCUUCACGCCCAUGGAGUACUUUGAUGGGGAGGCGGGCUUUCGGUUGAAGCCGGAGGUCCAGCAGAAGCAGUCUAGUGAGAAGUUUGGCCUCACAGUGGGCACUCACAUGGGAAUGGCUGUGCCACCUAACAACAUGUUGAGGGCUGGAGUUUGA